UCCUCAGUGAGUCGUGAUAAGAGUCCAGUCCUGGCAGGCUGCAGUAUAACGUGAGGGUUAAGACCGCGGGAGCCGGAGUCAAACCUCUUGGGUACAAAUCCGGCUCUGCUACGUACCAGCCGUGCAACCUUGGGCAACCGUUUAACAUUUCAGAGCUAAGUUCUCCUCGCGUAUUUCGUGAGGAUAAUACUAGUACCUACCUCCUAGGGUUGCUGUGAGGAGGAGUAAAUAAGUUAAUCCACAGGAAGCUCUUGGAACAGCGCCUGAUUGGCACAUAACGAACUUGUUAAUACUACAGCCUUUCAAAUCUGGGCGCCUGCAACUCUGCAACAUUUUGCCUGGAUAUGGAAACGCUCCUGUGAGUUAAAAAACCUGAGAUUCCGGAGCUGAGUGGCCACGAUUGGUGACCCGGAGAGGAAAGGAAAAAAGAAAUCGGAGUAAGGGCAGAAGGAGACCUGCAACACUUAUCCACCGGAGCCCACCUACAGCCUCGGUCUCCUAGCCUCCGGUCUCCUCUCCUGUUUCCUCUAACAAGGAUUCGACUCGCGAGCGGCGCAGCACAGUCUUUCUCCAAUCAGACACCCCAAAGCUGGCGCCACGUAUGCGACCUGGUCCAAUCUCUCCCUCUGGAGGGCGGGAACGCGCACUCCAACCUGCACCUGUGGCAGCAGUGGCCGCCCCCUGGAUUUUUUUUUUCCUUCCAGCUGCCCCGAGGUUCUUGUUUUUCUAACCACUUGGCGAAUAACCAGCAGGUGGGCAGAUGUCUUUUCCCGAGCUGAGGACCAACGCGUAGGAAGGUUCAAUGCAGCAGAGGGAGCAGCUGAGGUCCCAUCUCCCAGCGGCUCCCAGGAGGCGCUAGCGGGGAAAGGAACGCGCCGGAGAAUGAAAGGCCACUAAGCAGGAGAGCCUGCCUGGCCAUUCACCUGGGACAGUGAGCCUGGUAUCCACUCGCCGCUGCGCUCUUCGGAGCCGACCUCACUUGAAGCCCUGGGCUGCCGCCGCCGCCGCGCCAGGAAGAAGUUGGAGGCGACAGAGGAAACCAGCAACAGCAAUCGGUUUAGCUGGCCUGCGGCGAUUUCGGCUGGCACACCUUUCAGAAAGAAGCUCGACCUGCCCAUGACCGCGUAGAGUCGCAGCCCGAAUGUGCCCUCCAGGCGUCCUGGGAAGGAGCGGGUGCCAAGGUCUCUGCGCUCAGCGGAGGCCGCUGUGGCGGCUCGCGGAGGCGCUCCGGCUCUCUCCCCUCGGCUGGGGGAGGAGAAACUCCAACCACAAACACCGCCAAAGUUUUGCUCUCCAGCGCCGGCGAAUCCCAGGAGCGACGGGCGCGUAGGAUGGGAAGGAGCCCAGCGGAAACCUGGAAAUGAGCCGCGGCGCCAGCGAAUCCUGCUUAUUCGUGGAGUUAGUGAUGGAUAGACUCAGUACAGAAAGUGGGCAGAGGACUCUCGCUUCCGAUAAUCAUACUUUAAAUGCUAAUAAACAGCCUUUUCGCUCCGCAGAGUGCUGUUUUUAAAAGCUGGGAAGAGGCAAAUUGGAGUUACUGGUUGCGCGCUCUCUCCUUUGGAGGGGGGAAUUGCGCAAGGAAAAGAACAGAAGCCUUUAAUUUGUAACCCAAAAUCCCAAGAGUUGAGCUGCCUAAUACAAACAGACUCGGUGCAUAUUUUAAUACAGAACUAAAGGAAGAGGACAUUUGCCUCUUGGGCUCAUCUCAACCACCGACCGGGGGUAGCUUCGCAGAGACGCCAAGAUUGGUCUCUGGGCAAUAAAGGAAGUGUAGGGUGGCGGUUUUCAAGGGAAGUUAAGUCUAGACACGCUUCUCUGAAAGUCACAAGGCAAAAGUUACGUCAAAAGCAGAAUGUGUAAGAAACAAAACACCAUGAGCUUAUCCCCUCACUCUUACUGGCAGCACAAGCCGCUGCCUCGGCGCCUGCCCUCAAUCUGCUUUCGAGAAGCCAGGGAAGGGCCCGGGUGGACUAGAGAAGGGCCGGUGCCGCCGAGGCCCUUCCUUACCCGCCGCGUCCCGCUCUCCUCGGCGGGCGGGCCAUGGCCGACGGCGGCGGCAGCAGCAGCUCCAGCUCCUGGUGGACUUCGCUAACGAGCAGCAGGAAGAAGAGCAAGUACACCCUGGGGGCCGCGCAGCCUUCCGCGCAGCCUGCCCCCGGGGAACCCGCGCCGUCCGGCCCGGACUGGACUAGCGGUUCCCAGGAGAAUCAGCACCCCAAUCUCCUCGGGGGCGCCGGAGAGCCCCACAGGCCGGACAAGAUGUGCGAGGAGAAGUCGGGCAACAGCCGCCGGAAUUUAAAGAUCUCGCGCUCAGGCCGCUUUAAGGAGAAGAGGAAAGUGCGCGCCACUCUGCUCCCCGAGGGAGUCAGGUCCUCGGAGGAGGCGGGCUCCCCUGGUGACCCUCACGAAAGUAAGCAAUAGCCAGAGCGCUCCAAGACUGUCUCUCUUCCCGCCACUCCUCCCCAGCCCCAGUUCUAAACCUGAGAAUUCUGACCCGCCUCUGCACCUGGUGUCUCACCCACCAAAUUCAGAGCAUUCGCACAAGGCCUCCAGAUUUUAUUUUCCUGGAAAUUGAAGUUGUCAACUGAGUGGUCAAUAUUUCCUAACUCAAGGAUGCCUUAGAUAUUUAUUCGCGGUAAAAGAAUAUACAUAGAGGAAGUUGAAAUAAUUUUUUUUUCAAAAAGCUCCCGUGGCCUCUCUAGCAUCACCUCUGCGAGUGAGAAGGGUACUUCUCUAAGAGACCUUAGCUCAACUGGAAUUGCGCAGCCCCUCCAGUGAGGAAGGCAUUCUCUGAUUCAGGACUUGCUGUUGCAAAGCAAAUCACAGUGCUGUCUUUAAUGCCUGAGAAAUGCACUUUAGGAGUACUUCCGUAGACUUAUACCUUAAGGAAAGGGAUAGGAGAGAGCAGGAAGCAUUCUUAAGCAGAAACAUUUUAAGUAAGGUAAGAUUGCUUUUAAUGUUGAACUACAAAACUGUAUUGCCUACUUUAGUGUGGACUAUUAAAAUUGUUGCACUGUAA